ACAACGCCAUAGCUCAGGCGCAUUGGUUUCUGCCCGCGCUUGCCGUACAACGUCGUGCAACGCAGGCGCUGUGGUGUCAUUGUUCCUAGCCUGAGCUAGGGACUUUGUGCGCUUCCGGUAUUCUGCGCAGACCCGAAAUCUGAGUCUCUUGGGCUGCACUCCAAGACACUCCCCUUCUUAAAAGGACUGACGUCAGGAUAGAACCACCCGGACGAAUCUGGAUGUCUCCUAAUCCCGGCGCUUGUACCCCUCCGGCCUCCGUCUGCGGAGCCUCAGGGGCGGCCCUCCUCUGUGGCUGACCCUGCUGGCUACGACUGCGCGCCGGUUGUGUCGCCCGUCUGCUCGCAAUGCCUCCACCGCGGGGUGACGUGACGGCCUUAUUCCUGGGCCCCCCGAGCUCGGGGAAGUCAGCGCUGAUCGCCGCGCUAUGCGACGGCAACGUGGACACGGUGGAGAUUCCCGAGGGACGGCCGGACUCUGGGGUGCCCAGCCUGAGAGCCGCGGCCCCGGGUCUCUUCCUGGGCGAACUAAGCUGCCCACCCGCAGCCCCUGGGCCCUGGGCGGCGGAGGCCAACGUGCUGGUCCUGGUGCUCCCCGGGCCGGAGGAGAGCGAGGAGCCCUUGGCCCCAGCGCUGGGAGAGGCAGCGCGGGCCGCCUUGGCCCGGGGGAUCCCGCUGCUGGCUGUGCGGAAGCUAGGUCCUGGGGAGUCACAGAAUGCAGCCGGGGUCCGAGAUCAGACUGCGGCCCUGCUGGACAGCGCGGGGCUUGGAGCUGCGCCCCUCUUUGUGCUGUCUGCGGACUGCAGCAACAGCGACUGCAACGAGGAGCUAGAGCGCCUGCGGGUAGCGCUGCGGAGCCGGGCGGAAGCCUUGCAGAGGCUCCUGCCACCUGCCCAGGAUGGCUUCGAGGUGCUGGGUGCAGCAGAGCUGGAAGCCGUGCGCGAGGCCUUCGAGACGGGUGGCCUGGAGGCUGCAUUGUCCUGGGUGCGCGCGGGCCUGGAGCGCCUGGGCAGUGCACGGUUGGACCUGGCGGUGGCCGGCACCACUGACACCAGCCUUGUGCUGAACAUGCUUCUGGGGCUAGAUCCCGGUGACCCAGGUGCUGCGCCUGCCUCGCCGCCCACAGGGCCCACCCCUUUCCCGGCCCCAGAGCGCCCCAACGUGGUGCUCUGGACCGUUCCUCUAGGCCCCACGGCCCCUUCCCCCGCCACUACCCCUCACCCGACCCACUACGAUGCCCUGAUCCUUGUUACCCCUGGGGCCCCCACUGAGGAGAACUGGGCGCAGGUCCGCAGCUUGGUGUCACUAGACGGGCCGCUUGUCGGGGUCCGCACAGAUGGCCAGGGCGAGGAUCCCCUCGAGUGUCUGGAAGAAGAGGAAAAGGCAGAGAACGCACAGGAAGGGGGUGUGAGGGAUGCACCCAACGAAGGAAAGGAGAACACAGGUGGCGCAGCACGAAAAGCAGGCGGCGAGGGUGUGCCAGAGCUUGUGGGCGCUCGGAAAUCGGGCGGCGGGGACUCAGGGCGCGCGGCGAUGAGCCCUGAGGACGAGACCUGGGAGGUGCUGGAGGAGGCCCCGCUGCCUGUGUUCCGGCUGCGGCCUGGGGGUUUCCCAGGGCUGGGCGCGUGGCUGCAGCGCGCUUUGCCAGCGGCUCAGGCUGGGGCGCUGCUGCUGGCGCUGCCCCCCGCGUGUCCCCGCGCAGCGCAGAGGAAGGCGGCGGCCCUGCGGGCAGGGGCGUGGAGGCCAGCCCUGCUGGCCAGCCUGGCUGCUGCGGCGUCUCCAGUGCCCGGGCUGGGCUGGGCCUGCGACGUGGCCCUGCUCCGGGGGCAGCUGGCCGAGUGGCGGCGGGCACUGGGGCUCGAACCCGCGGCCGUGGCACGUCGUGAGCGCGCCCUGGGCCUGGUUCCGGGGGUGCUGGCGGCGCGCGCUCGCUUCCCGGGCCCGGUGACGCGCGCAGAGGUUGAGGCCAGGCUGGGGUCCUGGGCUGGCGAGGGCACUGCGGGCGGUGCGGCUCUGGGCGCACUCUCCUUCCUGUGGCCUGCGGGUGGCGCAGCAGCGACAGGCGGGCUGGGCUAUCGCGCCGCGCAUGGAGUCCUGCUGCAGGCCCUGGAUGAGAUGCUGGCGGAUGCUGAGGCUGUGCUGGGACCCGCUGAGGCCGACCAGUGAGAAGCGUGGGCUGAGGGGCUGGGGUGCCUGGAGACCUGGUUUUCUGGCUUCACAGCCUCUGAGAUCGAGGGUGGGAGCGGUACUCAAACCUGGGGAUUUGAAGGGGACUCCGACUUCCGGACCAGAUCUGUGACUUCUAGUCACCCCAUUUUCAGGGUCCUGCAUGGGAGUAUUGUCUGGAGGCCAGGACCCCUAGUUUCUCUGUACACCAGAAAUGUACCAUCCAGACACUGGUGUAGGGAAGGGAGUUGGGACCUGGAUCCCUACAAGGGGUGAGCAUCUUAGUAUCUAGCUGGAGUCGGUACCUAGUCCUGCAGGGAUGACAGGCUCCAGAAGCCUUGAUUCCUACCCGACUGGGAGUGGAUCUAUGGCUGGGUCCCAAAGAGACACAAGAUGUAGGUUGCCCUGGGAAGAAAAGGCUUGCAAAACCUGAGGGGCCCUCAUUGGGGGAUGUAGUAGGUGCUCAGAUUCCGGGCUCCCAAGAGGGUUCUGGACCUUAUUUUUCAGCUCUUGGGUGGUGAGAGUUUCAUCUGUGGAGUGAUCCAGGGGCCUGCUGGAGACCCCCUGAUAUCUUGGAGAAUGGCGAAUUGUCCACUCUUUAGGGGUCUGGUGUUGGGGAAAUUGUCCCACAAAAUUGAAGGGACAAGAUGUGCAGGUAAGGUGGGCUCAAGGUUGCCAGAGGCUGAGAAUGAGGCAUUAUGGGUAUGGAAGAGUAGGAACGCUUACGUCAGAAAUACCUCCCAUAAGCCCCCUGGUGUAUUGGGGUCCUGGCAACUGCCUGUUUGACUGGGAAGGGAUGUGACUACCCCCGUUUUCUAGGUGCUGUGUGAUUUGGUGUGUCUCUGGCACGUGUGUUGGUGUUUGACUUUAGGAGCUUCCUCAUUGCAGUGUCUCGGUCACUGAUGGCUCUAACCCUUUGGGGUCUUGGUGUUUUGUGCUCCUGCUUUUUUUGAGGAGUGAAAGUGCUACUGUAUUGGUCUAAACUUUUCUACUUGGCUUCCUUGGUGACUCCAAGAUACCUGCUGCUCAUGUCUACAGAGGAUGCUGCUGUGAGCAGGGUUCUCACAGAAUAGCUGGGCAAGUGUGUGAAGCUAUGGAAGGUGCCAGGAGCUGAGGCAAAGGCAGAAGUCACAGUGCCUCUGUGUUCCAGGCUGUCUGCCUUGUCCAGGUAGGAAGGGCCACAUUAGAGGAGCCUUCAGUGGCAGAUAGGGAGAGCAAGUUCAGAGAGGGGCUGGAGGUGCACAGCAAAGCUCUGUGUGGUCUGGCCCUUGCUUCUUCUGUUCCCUGCCCAGCCUAUCUCCAGCUAACCUGAUGGAGCUGGAACAUUCUGCCUCCACAUCUUUUCAAGGCUGGCUCACCAAUCACCAGGUCUCCCCCAAAUGCCCCUUCCAGAGAGCCCUCUGGUCACCCCAACCUCAGUAGCUUACACUGAUCCUGGCCACUUGAUCUUCCUUGUAGCAAGUAUUACUAUCAUAAAAACUUUAUUCAAUGA